UUCUAAUCAUAGGUAGAUGCUUAUAUUGACAACAUCUAUAGAAUAAUAUUUAAAUUGUAAUGGAGUUUUACAUGUUUUAUGUAUCUAGUUACACAUUGUAAUUAAAGUAUGACAAUAUGCAUAUUGGAUGAACAUGUUAUCUUUGCCUUAUGUCGGUCAGAGUUUUAUCAAAUAGAUCGUAAAUGUAAUAAAUGGAUUUAAGUUGACUUUGGGAAGAUAAAUAUAUAUAUGACAUAAUUCUAAGUGGCGAUGAAUAUUUGAAAAGACGAAUGCAAUUAAUAUUCUGAGUACCAUCGUUUCUGUUCAAUGUUAUGCAAUCAUAUUGAAGUGAAAAACUAGCAAUGACAAAUAGUCCGGACAAUAAAACAAAUUAAAACGAUAUAUUUUUAUUUCUUUGUUUUUGAGUUUGGAGUACUGCGAUAAGUAAAGUGCACUCAACAAGAAGUUCAAAUGAGCAAACUAAGACAUUUUCAAAAUAAAGCAGAAACCGAGCAUCCGUAACGUUUGUAUAAAACAAUGGUGAUCCGACACACUGGCUAAAACUUGACUUAUUGUGUUUGUACAAAUAUAACUAAUCUAAUAAGACAAUUAAUUAUGAUUAGCACAACGAAAUUGACAGAUGUUACCAGAAUUGUCUUUACAUGGUGUGUUAAAAAAUAUAAUCCUUAAAAAAUGGUGGACAUUGGACCAAUCUGCUUGCUGUUUAGUCACUUUCUGAUGCCACUGGUCUACGGACACCUGCACACGUCUAGUGUAUCAUAUUUAGAAGCCGUCCAUUAUGACAGAGAAUCACUCCAUCACCAACAUAGAACAAAGAGAUCUACUGAAGAACUGGUUCACCUUCAGUUUAAAGCUUUCUCAAGGAAAUGGUCAGUAAAACUGAGAAGAGAUGCCAGUAUAUUUCAUAACAAUAUAAUCAUAGAGAACAGUAAAGGUCCGGUGAUAUAUGACUUUGAUUCUACAUAUACAGGGAAGAUUGAAGGUGAAAAGUCACAUGUGUUUGGAACAGUAACGACAACUGGAUAUUUUGAAGGUCAAAUUCAGCUUCACAAUGACUCAUUUGUUAUUGAAAAAGCAUCUCGUCAUAAUAUUACAGAUGAAGACAUCCAUACAGUGAUUUAUAAUGUUAAAGAUGUCAAUAUUCCUAAAGAAUCACAUUUUUGUGGCUUGAAAAGAAAAAGUACGCAAGUGAAACCGGAUGUGAAAGAAAACAUAAAUACGCAUGACAGUAUGGAUGAUUUCAAACUUCGAUAUACAUCUGGAUUAACAGACAAUCAUAGAAGAUAUAGAAGAACAGUUGAUCCUAAGAAAAAGAUAUGUGAACUGUAUAUUCAAGUUGAUCAUACACUUUUCUUUAGAUAUAAUAACGUGACAGAUGACGUGAUAGCCAACAUUAACAACCACGUGAUGGCAGUUAAUACUAUUUUUAAUGCUGUUGAUUUUGACAGUGACACUUCACCAGACAGUAUAGGGUUUUCAAUUAAACGAAUAAAAAUUCAUGAUGAUCCUACUAUUGCCGGAUAUAAAUAUUCUGGUAAUCAUGGCGUGAAUUCAAUGCUCUUUCUCCAUUCAGAAGAAAACUAUGACCAGUUUUGCUUAUCUUACAUUUUUACCCAUAGAGAUUUCGAUAAUGGUAUUCUUGGUCUAGCUUGGACAGCAGAGCCAGGAACGUCUGGUGGACUCUGUUCGAGGUAUACGCUUUACACAGAUGGGCGUCUUAGUCUAAACACUGGUAUAGUGACAGAUCUUAAUUAUGGAAAUGAUGUUACUACAGCUGUUUCAUAUGUCACAUUUGCACAUGAGAUAGGUCAUAAUUUUGGAUCAUUGCAUGAUGAGUCCUCUAAUCUAACAUGUGCCCCUGGCGGGAGUAGUGGUAACUAUAUCAUGUUCGCCCAAGCUACUGCUGGAACUAAAUCUAAUAAUGUACUGUUCUCGUCAUGUAGUAUAUCUUCCAUGGCACCAAUGGUUGCAUCAAGAGGACGCGAUACAGCUAAUGGAUGUUUCGUGGAAUAUUCUUCAGCAACAUGUGGUAACAAAAUAGUAGAAGGUGACGAGAAAUGUGAUUGUGGCUGGGACGAUGAUUGUACUGAUCCUUGUUGUUAUCCUAUGUUGUCAGCCACUGGUUCGAACACAGCUAACGCCUGUCAGUAUAGAGCCGGGGCCACGUGUAGUCCGAGUGAAGGAGUGUGCUGUAAUCCAACAACUUGUUCUUAUUAUCCAUCAUCUCCCAAGCAAGUCUGUAGAACAAACUCUUCUUGUCUUGAUGAAGCAAUCUGCGAUGGUGGCCUGACCUGUCCAGAUUCCACAGAAUCAGCCAAUGGUACCGUUUGUGAUGAUAAAAAAGUUUGCUACUUUGGGCAAUGUUCAGGCCAGGUAUGUGAAGCUCAUGGAUAUCAACCAUGUCAGUGUGAACCCACAACAGCGGGUAACUGGAAAGACGAACUGCUGUGCUCGUUGUGUUGUACUGAUCCAGCUGACAACACUUGCAAAACUGCUGACCAACUUUCUAACAUUAAUGUAGCGUUUACUAAGGCUGUGCCAGGGACACCAUGUAAUAAAUUUCUCGGAUACUGUGAUGUUUUUCAUAUUUGUAGAGAGGUUGAUCCAUCAGGUCCUCUCAGUAAACUGAAGAAUUUCUUUCUGAACGGAGAAAUAAUCGAUAAAGUGAAGGAAUUUUUAACAGAGUACUGGUAUGUUGCAAUAGCAGGAGGUGUUGGACUCAUUAUACUACUUGUUAUGAUGAUAAAAUGCUGCUCAAAAAGUUCAAAGGGCAAAGUACAACCAGCACCACGACGUAUGUAUGUGGAACCAUCACGUACCCGAUAUUAACUGUAUUCCUUAACUGGUACCAUGCUGACAUGGUGCAUCUUUAACACAGUGCUAUAUGAUUGGACUAUUUGCUCAAUUACCGUCCAGGAGAUGUCUGUGAUACAAUAUGUUUUCUUAUUAACAUUUACAUGUUUGUGUGUACUAUUAGAAAUAUUAUAACUGAUAGAGAGAUUAUUUUGACGCUUCUGUAUUGGUUGAGCUAUAUAUUUCACAUGUAAAAUACGAAUUUUCAUUUCUUGUAUUAACUUUAUCGUUAUUUUGAUAAAAAAAAAUAUAGUUCUCAUUAAUAUUUAGCGAUACCAGGUGUGCCGACCGGUAAGAUUGUUUCUGCUGGUUUAACAUAUCAGUCAUAGAUAAUUUGUUAUGAUUUUUUCAUUUUUGAUGUCUACAUUCGGAAUCAGGUUUAAGAAAGACAUGGAAUAUACUGUUGGUUUUGUAUUUUGUUGUAUUUCACUUAACAUAUUAUAGCACAAUGCAAUUUCAAGCUAUUUAUUAUGAUACUUUAGUUAUCAAUGACGUAUGUAUUCAUUUACUUCGUGGUUUUAAAAAUUUAUUUAUUUAUUAAGUUUUUUUCUUUUUUGUUAACUAACAAAUUAUGCAUACAAGCGUUAAUUUUACUUGCGCUUUGUUAAUUGGUUAAAUUAUACCCACUUAAUACAGCACGUUGUAGUUUGUGAAUUGCCUAUUAGAAAAUUUGUGUAUAACAUGAUUUUGUCAUUAGUGGAGUAUAUACCUGUUUGAUGAUGCAUAGCGUUUCCAGAUAAAAGUUAUCAAAGGUACCAGGAUUAUAAUCUAGUACGCAAGACGCGCGUUUCGUAUAUACACGACUCGCUCAUGUCAAAAUAUUUAUAAAGCCAAACGUGUAUUUUAAAAUAACGCUCAUCUUAUCGAGGGGUCAUCAUUUGUGUCUCCAAUAUACUAAA